UUUAACAAUCUCUCAUUCGAUCGAGAAUUGUUCGCGCGACAUGUUCAUUUAGAUACGUACUGUGAAAAUCGGAUACAUUGAUUGCCCGCGAUAGACGUGUGACCAACUCUCUUUCUGUAACAAGCUUUUAGUCUAAACGUGAAAUUGAAAUAUUAAGAAAAGUGAAAUAAUUAUUCUUAUACGCGGUAUUUGUGAAUAUAAUAAACUUCUACUGUACCAGAUAGAGAUACGGACAUUUAUUACAUUGUGAAGUAAAUUAUAAAGCAGCCAUGAGAAAACGACAAUAUUAGUCAUAGCGAAAAAAAAACCUUUAGUGAAGUUUAAAGAGAUCAAGAAGAUUAUUUACCUUUUUAAUGAUGAUCUUACGGGAACAUUUGUUGCUUUGCACCCUAAUCACAUUACUCAGUGGAAACGUAGCAGAUAAAUCUCCGUUUUAUGAUGGUACACUUGCGCAAAAUGAAGAUUUGUCACAAAAUGACGAAUCCAUCUACUACAGAUUACCAACAAACAUUAAACCCAUUUCGUACGAUAUCAAGCUGAUUCCGAAUUUAGAUAAUUUUACAUUUACCGGCUACGUAAAAAUUGAAGCUGUGGUAGAAAAUCGAACUGACAAAGUUAUACUACAUGUGGGAAACCUCAAAAUCGAAUCAGCGAAUGUUCAGACAUACUUGCCUAAUCCUGCGACUGUGUAUGACAAUGUUACUGAAAAAUAUACUAUCAAUCUCCCCAACAUCGUCGAAAAGGGUAAAAGGCUAACAAUUAGCAUGGGGUAUAAUGGAGUCUUAUCUGAUAACAUGAUUGGAUUUUAUAGAAGUUCUUACUUCGACAAAAACGGACAGAUUAAAUGGCUAGCUGCAACACAGUUUCAAACAACACACGCGAGACAUGCCUUCCCAUGCUUCGACGAGCCGAGUUUUAAAGCAAAAUUCACGAUCCGUAUAGCAAGAGACGACAAGUAUAAGUGCCUCAGUAAUAUGAAAUUGGAAAAAUCUGAAAGACUGAAACCGGGAGCCAAGAUCUGGGAUAUCUUCAAGGAAAGCAUCCCAAUGUCCACAUACUUAGUGGCCUUUGUCAUUUCGGAAUUCAGUUCUCUUGGAAGUGAUUCAUUUAAAGUAUGGUCCAAACCGUCCACUAUUAAUCAGGCUGAAUACGCUUUGACAAUCGGCAAAAAAGCACUCGAACUAUAUCAGAAGAAAUUUAACGAAAGUUAUACCCUGGAAAAAACGGACAUGGUGGCCGUACCUGACUUUGCAGCCGGGGCCAUGGAAAAUUGGGGAUUGGUGACGUAUCGCGAGAGUCGAAUGCUGUACGACAAGAAAGAAUCGUCGGCGACAGCGCAGCAGAGCGUGGCUUCCGUGAUCGCUCACGAGCUCACGCACAUGUGGUUCGGCAAUUUGGUGACACCAGAAUGGUGGAGCUACCUUUGGCUCAGCGAAGCGUUCGCCAGAUACUAUCAGUACUUCGGUACCGCGGAACUCGAACCAAAAUGGAAUAUGGAAGAUCAAUUCGUGGUGGAGCAACAUCAAUCUGCAUUAAUCGCAGACGGUCUUGAGUCUUCUCUUCCAAUGACUCGGGAGGUUUCUAGUAAAUCGCAUGUCGCGGGAAUAGCAGAUACUAUUACCUACAACAAAGGAGCCAGUAUUGUCCGUAUGAUGAACCUUGUGUUCGGAAAUGAUGUUUUCGAAGACGCAUUACGCAGCUACAUACAAAACAACAAAGAAAAAGGAUUAGGUAAUCCGGAUGCUUUAUGGAUAGCGAUAAAGAGUCAAACAGAUAAAUUAACGAAUCCAUGGCAAAAGAUUGAUGUAAAAAAAGAAAUGGAUACUUGGACUACAAAAGCCGGAUAUCCCGUUAUAUCAAUCGCCAUUAAUGACAACGGAAUAUUUAAUAUUACUCAAGAACGUUUUCUUCUGAGAAACUUGUAUAAUACCACUACGGAUAUCACUUGGUCUGUCCCGCUCACGUUUGCUACACAAAGCAAAUCAGAUUUCACUAACACGAUUCCAAAGUAUUGGCUGACUACCAAAAAAAGCACCGCAAAUCUCAAAGUUAACCCGGAAGAUUGGGUCAUAUUCAACGUUCAAUCAUCGGGCUUUUAUCGUGUAAAUUAUGACAAACGCGGAUGGCAGAAAAUUAUCAAUAUCUUAAAAACCAAAAAUCUGAAUGAAAUUCAUGUACUAAAUAGAGCCGCCAUUGUAGACGAUCUGUUAAAUUUGGGUAGAGCAGGGUAUCAAAAUUACGAUAUGAUUUUGGAUGGAUUACUUUAUCUUCAAAGAGAAACAAAUUACCUGCCCUUUAAAGCAGCAUUCAAUGGUUUGGAAUAUCUAAAGAAGCGAUUUACUGGAUAUAAUCUGGAACAUUCCUUACUUAAGAUGUAUGUUUUGUCUCUUAUCGACAAUAUAAACGUUAAGAUAGGAUAUGAAGAUCGUGAAAAAGAUGACAGGUUAACGGUUCUGUUACGACGAGAGGUGAAUAAUUGGCUCUGUAAUUUCGACGAUAACGAAUGUGUAAGGAUUUACACAGAUAAAUUUAAACAGUGGAAAGCAAAAAAAGCUAAUUCCCGUAUCAAGCCAAAUGAAAGAACCACAGCGUACUGCGUAGCCAUAAGACAUGGAACUUCUGAUGACUGGGAAUUUUUGUGGAAGGAAUAUUUUAAUUCUAAUCAUGCGGCCGACCAGACAGUGAUUCUAAACGCUUUGGGAUGCAGUCAGAAUAAAGCAAUCCUAGAAAAAUAUCUAAAAUAUGCCAUUACCAGUUAUGAAAAAAGUCGAAUUCGUAAACAGGACAGCACGACUGUCUUCGCCGCCGUUUAUAACUCUGGCCUGCUUGGCGCCGAAUAUGUUCUUGACUUUGUUGAAAAACAUCACAAAGAAAUGGAAGCAUAUUACGGAGGACAGGGUACAAUAGCCACAAUCCUCGAUGGAGCAUCGCAGCGUCUCUCUACCAUCGAAUUAGUAAACAAAUUUGAAAAACUCAUAAACAACCAUAAGGCGGACUUCGCGUCAAUCCAAAAGUCUCUGGAGUCCUCUUUAAGAAUCGCAAAGUACGAAUUGCAAUGGUAUAGGAGCUAUUCGCCAUCUAUAAUUCGGUGGCUACAAGUACGUGACAACAUCGCGCAUCGCCUACCCACGAAUAUAAGUCCCAAAAGAUAUAUCAUUUCCGUCACGCCUUAUCUCGAGACUGGGAAUUUUACCGUCGACGGAAAGGUGACGAUCGAAGCUGACGUUAAGCAACCGACAACUCAGAUCACUUUGCACUCGUCGGAAAUUACAUAUCAAGAUAUAAGCGUGAAGGCCAAUCAGAAAGAAGUGAAGGUUCUUAAGAAGAAGUUAAUAGACCGUUAUGACUUCUGCGUGAUUUAUCUGGAACAAGAAGUAACCGCUGGAACGAAAUUGACCAUCGAUAUCAAAUACACGAGUAAUUUGAAUCCGCCGGAGCAUCGUGGCUUUUACAAAAGUUCUUACGUGAAUGAGAAGGGAGAAACGAGAUGGCUCGCAGCCUCGCACUUAGAACCCGUUGGCGCCAGAAGAAUGUUCCCUUGCUUUGAUGAACCAGCGAUGAAAGCAAUCUUCACCGUUCAAGUUAGCGUGCCGUUAGAUUACGAAGCCAUCAGUAAUACGAUCUGGCGGGAGAUAAUAAGAGGUGGUGAUCGUCAUUUGUACAUUUUCUUUGACUCAGUACUGAUGUCGACGUAUCUAGUGGCACUUGUCGUUUCCGAUUUUGAGUCUAAAUCUGUAAAAGUGAAGGAAACUGAAUUGGCUGUAUACGCACGUCCCAACGCCAUUAAUCAAACCGAUUACGCUUUAUCCGUAAUGUCUCCGUUGUUGAACUUCUUCGAGACCACGUACAAACAGAAAUAUCAGCUCAAUAAGCUCUUUAUGGCUGCUCUACCCGAUUUCGGAGCGGGCGCGAUGGAGAACUGGGGCCUUUUAACAUACAAGGAACCGUAUAUGUUGUAUGACGAGAAUCACUCGCCGGUCACAAACAAGCAGGACAUCAGAAACGUGAUUGCUCAUGAAAUCUCUCAUCAGUGGUUCGGAAAUUUGGUCAGCCCUCUGUGGUGGAAGUAUCUGUGGCUAAACGAGGGAUUUGCCAGAUACUUCGAAUAUCACGCUCCCGCUCGUGCAUUUAACGACAAGACGUUGGAAUCACAAUUCGUGGUGAACGAAGUACAUUCUGCUUUCAGAGCAGAUAGUUCCAAAUCUACACAUCCCAUGAGUCACGAUGUAACAACUGUUCGUGAAAUUCGAAGCAUAUUCGAUACAAUCACUUACGAUAAAGGUGGUACCAUAUUGAGAAUGGUCGAAAAAACAUAUGGAACUGUAGUAUUCAACAACGCAUUAAUUGACUAUCUUAAUAAACGGCAAUACAACGUUGCCACGCCAGAAGAUUUGUAUGCAUCACUUCAACUACAAGUAAAUGAGAAAGGGAUAAAAGACAAUAUCAAAGCCAUCUUAGACACAUGGACAACUCAAUCCGGUUAUCCUGUCGUUAAAGUCAAUGUUACAAAAAAUGCUAUACUUCUAGAACAAAACCGUUUCUUCUUUAAAGAAGAGGAGAAUAAUUCUGACAAGACUAUAUGGCACAUCCCGAUCCAAUGGGCACAAAUUCAGAAUAGUGCAGACUACUUUGAUACCAGGCCGAAAUUCUGGUUGACGAGUAAAACAAUAAAUCACCCAAUAAGAAACCCAUCCAAUUCACUUUUAAUAUUCAACACGCAGCAAUCAGGUUAUUAUCGUGUAAAUUAUAAUAAGGAUCAUUGGAUGAAAAUAAUUGAUUAUCUUAAAAAUAAGGAUAUUCGACCAAUUCACGAAACCAAUCGCGCGGCAUUAAUUGAUGAUCUUAUGAAUCUUGCAAGAGCAAACUACAUCGAUUACAAAACUGUUAUAUCUGCUAUAACGUAUUUGGAAAGAGAAAAUAAUUAUUUCCCUUGGCGCGCGUUCUUCAAUAAUCUGCCUUACUUGGACAACCGUUUUGCCGGACGCGAUAUUGAAGGCAUAUAUAAAAAAUGGUUAACAUCGUUAAUAGAAAAACUUUACGCACGGUUAGGAUUUGAGGAUAACAACAAAGACGACGAUUUAACUAAGAUGUUAAGAAUACAUACUCGCAAAUGGGCUUGUAAAUUAGAUGUAGCAGAUUGUAAAUUCUAUGCUGCAAAAUAUUUCCAAUUGAAGCAACAUUCAAAAACAAUACCGCCAAAUUACCGCGAUGUCGUUUACUGCACAGCCAUGAGAAUGGACAAGACGAAUAAAACUUACAACUUUUUAUGGGAAGAGUACUUAAACAGCAAAGUGACCACAGAUAAACUUGUAAUUCUUAGUUCUUUGGCUUGUUCUGAAAACAAGGAUGUUUUAGAAACGUUACUGCGGGAUGCGGUCACAGAGAAUUCAAAUAUUCGGUAUCAAGAUAGUGCAAAAGUAUUCUCGAACGUUUACGAUGCAAGUUUAACUGGUGUUGAAGUUGUCAUGAAAGUGAUUGAAACGAAUUACGAUGAUAUACUGCACCGACAUUUCAAUGAUCAUACAAAAAUUGCAAACAUAGUGAACGCUUUGGCAAGCAGAUUAUCUACUUAUAAUCUUUACGAUCAGUAUCAAAAAUUACUCAAGUGGCUGACUAACAAAGAACCGGAAUUCAAAAAAUCCGUCGAUUCCUAUUUGGCAACGGCAAAAUACGAGUUCGAUUGGUACGAGAAAAAAGUGCCAGUAAUUUUUGAAACAUUGGACAAUCUAUUUCCAAGCAACACGUACCGCUUGCCGAAGACGCUUGCUCCAAAACUAUACGACAUAUAUCUCACACCCGACAUGGAAGAAGGCGUCUUUGAAGGAGUGGUGAAAAUACAUAUAACAGUUCGGGAAGAUACUACGUUGAUAGCUCUCAAUUCUCACAAACUCAAUAUCUCAAGUAUCACGAUCUUCCGAAAUGGCACGGAAAUAAAAAUGCUGAAUUCUACAGAACAUAUUCCGCAGCAACUAAGGAUAUAUUUAGCCAACUACGUACAUACGAACGAGGAAAUAAUAGCGGAAAUUCAUUUUAACGGGAUUCUAAAUGACGAUAUGAAUGGAUUCUAUCGCAGUUCGUAUUUUGACAGGAACGGAGUGCAACAUUGGCUGGCUACAACACAAUUCGAGCCUACGUAUGCUAGACAGGCUUUCCCCUGUUUCGAUGAACCAGCAUUUAAAUCGAAAUUCACAAUUAACAUUCAGAGGCUAAAUCAUUACAACUCGCGGAGUAAUAUGGAACUUAAAUCAGAAACUAAAAAGAACGAUAACUAUAUGUUGGACACAUUCCACACUACCAGCGUUGAUAUGUCGACGUAUCUGGUAGCGUUUGUUGUCUCCGAAUUUAAAUCUGUGGACAAUCCUGAAAACGCAACUUUCAACGUAUGGGGUAGACCGGAGGUCGUGGCACAUGGAGAAUAUGCUCAAAAUAUUGGCGUGAAGCUUCUUGAUGAGUUACAGAAUAUUACGGACAUCGACUAUCCUUUACCUAAGCUGGACUUGGUGGGAAUUCCAGAUUUCUCCAUGGGCGCGAUGGAGAACUGGGGUCUUGUUACUUUCCGCGAAUACGGAGUUUUCUAUAAUAACAAAGAAGCUACAUCCACAUAUGAAAGAUACAUAAUCACCACAAUAGCGCAUGAACUUACUCACAUGUGGUUCGGAAAUCUCGUUACUUGCGACUGGUGGGAUUAUAUUUGGCUCAACGAAGGUUUUGCACAAUAUUUCGAAUGGUUUACAUCUGAUCGGAUACUCCCAGAAUACAAAUUCAUGGAUCAAUUCGUGGUUUACGAGCUGCAUCCUGCUCUGUCAAUAGACGCUUCGAUUUCAACACAUCCAAUGACAAAUCCCGUUAGAACACCGGAAGAAAUAGCUGGUGCCUUUGACGGUAUCACUUACGGGAAAUCUGCUAGUGUCUUACGAAUGAUAUUCAACGCAUUCGACCAAGAAGCUCAUAUAUUAGCACUCCGUGAUUAUUUAACAAAACAAAAGUAUCGUACGGCACGUCCUACAGAUUUAUGGGAAAGCUUCGAGUCGUUUAUAUCGAUACCAAUUGGCAAUAGAAACGCAAGCGUCGAGGAAGUCAUGAACACUUGGACGAAUCAACCGGGAUAUCCCGUCGUCAAUGCUAAAUUAUCUAAUUCCAUAUUAACGCUUACUCAGGAACGGUUCCUAGUAAAUAGAAAUACCACUGGCAAUGAGUUUUAUUGGAUACCAAUUGAUAUAGUCGUUCCAUCCGACAUGCUUAGUGAAUAUAUUGAUACUACUUUAAAGCACAAAGGAUUGUGGCUAGGACCAAACCCUCUGAGAGUAUAUAUUAAUCCUAUUAAUGAUUGGUUCAUCGUGAAUUACAAACAAACUGGCUUCUACCGUGUUAAUUAUGACACUUCUUCAUGGAAAAUAUUAAUUGCGAAGCUAAAUAAUAAAGGAUUCGAAGCUAUCCAUGUCUUGAAUCGUGCUCAAAUUAUAGACGAUCUCUUUAACUUAGCUCGCGCUAAUUACGUGGAAUACGAAUUAUUGAUGGACGCAUCGAAAUAUUUGGCACAAGAGACACAUCAUUUGCCCUGGAAAGCAUUCUUCAAUGGCCUAUCAUUCAUUUACAGAAGAUUUGAACAGCAGAGUUCCCAGAAGGAGCUAAAUGAAUACGUUUUGAAAUUAUUAUCUAAUAUGUAUAACAGAUUAGGAUUCUCUGACCGCAAUGAUGAUACGUAUUUAGACAAAUUAAAUCGGGAAAUAAUUCUUCAAUGGGCCUGCCAGUUAAAUAAAACGGAUUGUGUCAACACAGCUAAAAAACUAUUUAUGCAGUGGCGUAAGGAUAAUUCCGUACGAAUUCCAACUAAUGCACGACCAGCAAUUUAUUGUACCGCAAUAAAAGAAGGACAGACAGAUGAUUGGGAAUUCCUGUGGAGUCAGUAUCUACUGACGAACUUUGCAACAGAGAAGAAGAUCAUUAUAAAUGCGCUCGGAUGCUCGACAAAUGAGACGGUGCUCCAAAAUUAUUUAGAAAAAGCCAUUGAAAAAUACGAUCCUGCCAGCGCUGCCAUUCGACGACAAGAUGUUUCAGCGGUAUUUGCAUCCGUGUACAACGCAGGUCCAAUAGGAGUAAACGUUACCCUCAACUUUUUAACAACAUAUACCACAGCGUUGUACCAAUAUUUCGGAAGAUGGGACGAAGUAGCAGAUUUGUUCGUUAAUGUGGCAUCGCAGAUAUCAAGCGAGGAUCAAUACAAAACGUUGGUGGACUUCGUUGUACAUGAUAUAACUGUGUAUCCUCCAUCCAUGAGAACGAAAUUACUUUCCGCUGUCACUACUGUGGAAACCAACUUGUUCUGGUACAAAAAUAACGGUCACAAAAUUCAAAAAUGGAUAUUGAGCAUAAACCCUGAAAUAGAACCAAAACCAGACAGUUCUACAAGGCUAGAGUCACUGAACAUUGUUUUUACAACUCUCAUUGCUUUAAUAGCGUAUCUUUUAAACUAUUACUGAAAAAUUAAAUUUAACGGAAAAUCAUGAUAAUGAAGAUUAUUCUAUAGCUUUCUAUCACGCAAAAUAGAAGGAAAUAUAGUAUUCUAGAUUCCGUGCUCUUUUAUUUUGUAAUUUAUCCUUUUUAAAGCUAAGAAGAGCGAAGUUAUAUUUUCUUUAUACAAUAUUUUAAUGCAAAGAAUUAUAUUUUUAAUCAAACUUUGUAAUUAGAAAAA